UCAAAUUGAACUAAUAAGGUCCGGUUUGCUAAAGAAGCUUUCUCGGUGUUCGAUUCAAAUCGACUCGCCAACCACAAUUCUUGCCUUCGAGAAAUCUUCGCGACCCUGUGAAGCUUUGAUUCGUCAGAGAUUUAGGGAGGGGGUUUUGUGUGGAGUUUAGAAUGGAUCUGGAAACUGAGAAUCGAAUAGCUUCAAUUCUAUUAAGGGAAGCAGCAGAAUUGAGAAGACAAGCUGAGAAAGAUGGUGUUAGAGCAUAUCUUGAGAAGCCUAAUGUAAGGCAUCGACCUAACUCAAGGUUUCUCAAAGCCACUGUUCUUAGUGUUCAGCAAUCAAACAAAGCGGUAGAAACAAAUGAGAUGUGGAGGGUUCGGAAGAAUGAGAUUGAGCUAGAAGAUGAUGUAAGACUCAAGAGGAAAGAAAGAGAGGAAAGCAGUAGUAGCCACAUGAAGCAGAAUGGUAGUUUCCUGAAAAGGAGUCUGGAUAAGAGAUGCAGCUCGGGUGAUGAGAAAAAGGUUACGUGUACAUCAUCAAACAAGAGUUGGUAUUCAGAAGAUGAUGAUGAAGGCUUACGAGAUGAUGAAAUUAUGGCUUUUCUCCAAUCACGGAAAAAACGUGGCAGAGGCUCUGUCGGUCCUAUGAUGGAUGAAACAGGCCCUUAUCUUCCCGCCGAGAAGGGACAGUUGCAAAGUUCCGAUACAGGAGAACGAAAGGUAGUUCUAGGCCCAGUGAGACCACCUUCACUGAGACAAGACUCAGAGAUUGAGCAUGGUCAGAGAACAAGAAAGGAGGAUACGAAGAAGCAUAGUAAAAAGGACAAGAAAAAGGAAAAGAAGAGAAAACGAGACAGGCACUAAGAAAGGUAUUCGCAUGAUGUUCCUUGUGGGAGAUAUUUGUAGGAUGAAAUCUUUGUUCCUUUUGGUCCGCGAAAAAUUUAUAGAUGGUUGUGAUCCCCUGUGAUAUAUAUUAACUGUACGAUGAAAUUAUUAUAUAUUUCAUACAAAGUGGAACGCCCCUAUGUCAUAGAAUGCGAAGUAAGAUCAUUUGAGAGUC